AUGGAAGUGGAAGAUACAAAUCCACCGCUGACCGGUGGAAGUCUACCGGAGAGACCCUCCUUUCGUGAUAAGCUUAUGGAGGGGUCCAGGGCGGAGCCGCCUAAAGAGGUGAAGGACCUAGUCGAGCAAGGGCGCAUGAAGAUCCAACUUGUGAAUGGUAAUCGGCUGCUACCAAAAAUAGUAACGGAAGCCUCUGUCGUGGAGGAGAUGAGUGCUCCGUGGAAAGAAGCACUGGUGGUGACCCUCCUGGGGAAAUCACUGGGGUAUCGCACUAUGAAACUAAAGCUGGGCAACAUCUGGAGGUUGGCUGGAGAUUUUGAUAUGAUUGAUGUUGGGAAUGGAUUCUAUAUGAUCAAGUUCGACAGGAAGGAGGACAGAGAACAUGUGAUCAAUGGGGGGCCAUGGAUGGUGUUUGACCACUACCUUGCGGUGUCGACUUGGAGUCCAAAGUUCAUCUCUCCGGCAACCAAGGUCACAAGAACACUGGCUUGGGUUCGCAUCCCGGGACUCAAUGUUGUUUUUUAUGAUGAAAGCUAUUUGUUGUCCAUUGCCCGGGCAAUUGGCAAACCAAUUAAGGUAGACCGUAACACUCUGAUGGCAUACCGGGGAAGGUUUGCAAGAAUAUGUGUUGAACUGGAUCUCACACUCCCUGUAGUGGGGAAAGUCUGUAUUGAGGAUUAUUGGUACAACAUAGAAUAUGAAGGGCUACAUGUCAUCUGCACUAAAUGUGGGUGUUAUGGCCAUAGGAGCAGGGAAUGCACAGUUCAGACGGCGGCAAUGACCCCAGUAAACCCUAAUUCAGGAACGCAAUCAACCAUUCAAUCAAUGGUGGAGAAGCAGACAGGUGUCACGGAUCCAAUGGUGGCCCAGGGUACGUCGGGGCCAAUUCAGGUAACUCCCGAGACUCCUGCCACCCCGGAUGAAGCGGCUAUGAUACCGGAAAAUUCAAAAACUCAAUCAGCGGCAAGUUCACCCGUUAGUUUAGCCCAAGAAUUUGAAAUGCAUGGGGAUUGGUUGGUAGUUUCAAAAAAGAAAAAGAAACCCCACGUAAGUCAAGGCAUGCAAUUUGGUGCGAGAUCCAAGGGUAUAAUUAUGGGCUCAUCAUCAUCAGGUGCGGGAUCCAAGGGAAUGAGUAUUGGUGCAUCAAUGCCCAAUAAAUCAAAGCAAAGGUCAAUUGCAAACUCCUCCAACAUUCUGGCAGGCACGGAAAUAAAGGGAGGUAAAGCGGGCCCCGUGAUGCAGUUGGCAACAAAAACCCAGGAGAAUAAAAAGAGAAGGUUUGUUGCCAAUAAUAAUAAUAAAGAUAUUCACUAUGGGCCCCAGCUGAUUACUGGAUCUACGAGGACCCCACUGGCCCCACAGGAGGCAGAUCAUGAGAGAUUGAAGAUGGUAAUUUUUGGCCAAUCCAGUAAAGUGCCACAUGAGGAAGAAGACUAUCUCAAGAGAUUUGGUGCCUCAGGUUGUCAUGAGGAGAAUAAUGAACAUGCAUGA